AUGGUGGAGAAUAUAACGUUUCGUAAAAAGGCUCAAGUGCAGGCUGUAUUAGACCCCCCGCACGACGACGCGGAGAGCGUCACGGACGCGCUGCAUCGGCUCUCGGCCGAAAUCACUCGCUUCCGACAAAGCACAGAUGAUACGCUGAAGUCUAUUAACGGCCGCCUAGACGAAUUAUGUGAUAGGAUAGGUACUUACGACUCGAGACUUAAAGCCUUAGAGAAACUAGAGACUGAAAACACCAUUCUUAAAGCGACAGUCGCGGAUCUCCAGAUACGAUUGGAUAACCAGGCACAAGCGUCACUUAGAAACGAGGUGGAAAUCUACGGCAUCGAGGAAACUCAAGAAGAAAACCCUUACCACCUGGUGAUGACAACCGCGGUAAAGUUAGGUAUCGACGUCCAGGACUCAGAUCUAGCACAUGUGUCCCGCGUUGGCCCAAAGCGACAGGCACAAAAUACGGAAACGAGUGAAAUUACGCAAAAUUCGAAGCUGCCGCGUCCAAUCGCCGUGGCUUUCGUCAGACGAGUCAAACGUGAUGAUUUCUUAAAACACGCAAAGGUACGUCGAAACAUUAAGAGCGGAGAUAUUGUUGGACGCGGCGGUUCGAAUUCUAGAAUAUAUGUAAAUGAGCGCCUGACUGGGACAAACAGGCAGUUAUUUCGCGGUGCGCGGCUGUUUGCUAAAGAACACAAUUUUAAACAUUGCUGGGUGCGAAACGGCAACAUCUUCGUUAGAAAACAUGACGCGUCCCGAGGGAGCCCCGCGAUCCUCAUCCGGUCAGAGGCAGACCUCGCGGCGCUGGCGCCAGUGGCGCCUGAGGCGGCGAGCGAGACCACGUCGGCUUCGGGCCGGCCGCGGCCUAGCACCGUGGAAUUACCGUGUUAG